AUGGCUGAAUAUGAAGCCUGCAUAUUGGGGCUAGAAGAAGCUAUUGAGUUAAAGAUUAAAAUUCUUGAGGUAUUCGGAGAUUCCGCUCUAGUGAUACAUCAAAUCAGAGUUUCUCUUAUAUUCCUCGAGAAGAGAAUCAGAUGGGAAGACACUUUGGCAAUCUUGGCUUCCAUGUACAAGUUAAUAUGGCCUAACCAUCAGCCUAAUAUUGAAAUCAGGCGUUUUGACGAACCUACCCAUUGUCUGACAACAAUAGAAGAGUCGGAUGACAAACCCUGGUUCUUCGAAAUCAAACAUUAUCUAGAGAAACAAGAAUAUCCGGUGGAGGCUUCCAGCCUUAACAAGAGGACUAUACGGAGGUUGGCGUUGAAGUUCUUCUUAAAUGGAGAUGUGUUAUACACACGAAAUUAUGACAUGGUUUUACUCAGAUACAUAGACAAACAUGAAGUUAAUUAG